AUGUCAAGCGGAGGCGUCAAUGUCGGCUCCUUAUUACUGCUGCUUAGCGGCAUCUUCGCUGUGUUCGCGGCACUGCUCGCUCGCCACGGAUUCACAGGCCGAGACCAUGUGGUGGGCAUCGACCUGGGCACGACGUACUCGGUGGUAGCCAUUUCGCAGAAGAACAACGUGACUGCAAUUGCAGACAAGAACGGCCACGUAUUGGUGCCGUCCACCGUCGCAUUCCUACCCAGUGGAGCUGUCUUGGUCGGCCGAGAGGCACGAGCACACCGCACAACGGACCCUCAGCACACAAUUUUCAACGCCAAGAGAUUCAUCGGUCAGAGCUACGAAGACGUUCUGACAUCAGAGGCCGACGAGAAUGGAGGUACGCCGUACGAGUUCAGUGUCAAAAUGCUGCGAGACAACGAACACGACGGCGUAUGUUUCACGCUGGAUCUACAAGACCAUCCCAAGUGUGUGACCCCUGUAAAUAUUGGCACUGCAGUUGUGCAGCAUCUCCGAUCCAUGGCUCAUCAGUUUGUGGGCCACGAGCAGAUCACCAAAGCAGUCAUCGCAGUGCCUGUGGACUUCAACAAUAGACAACGAGACGCCACCGUGGCGGCAUUCCGAGCAGCAGGACUGGCAGUCUCUCGCGUGCUGGAAGAGCCGACGGCCGCUGCGAUCGCCUACGGUCUGCACCAGGACCCGAAUGUGAGCUUCAUGCUGGUCUUUGACUUUGGAGGAGGCACACUGGAUGUGUCGCUGCUCUUCGCACGCAAUGGCGCCAUCAGUGUGCUGGAUACGCUGGGAGACAAUCACCUUGGCGGCGAAGACCUGGACGCGCGACUGUCGGCUUGGCUUCUGAAGGAGUUUGAAGCUCAUCUUGGGACGGCUAUCACGUCUCGCGGGGCGGAAACUGAGACUAAGGCUACAAGCGUCGAUAACGACAGCAAGGAGCCGCCAUGUACCGUGGCCGGUGUCCGUCAAGCGGCCGAAUUGCUGAAAAGGCAACUGACUGAUGCCUCCGUCGCUACAGCUGCUUGCAUCUGGAACGACGGUAAGAAGACGGUGCGAGUUGAAGUAAGAGCCACGCGGGUGCAGUUCGAAAAGCUCUGUGGCUCGUUGCUGGAGCGGACGAUAAUUCCUGUCCGUGAGGUUCUGGAGGCUAACAAUAUGGACACGGACGAGAUCGACGCCGUUGUGCUGGUUGGAGGCUCCUCUCGAAUCCCAUGGGUGCGUCAACGCCUCACUGACAUGUUCGAGGGGCGCCCACCACUCUCAGACAUUGACCCUGACCUCGCUGUGGCGUACGGAGCAGCGCGUACACUCGAUUAG